AUGCUGCACCAGCCGACGGCCCCAUGCACAAGCCCACCUCUCGCUGCGGCGAAGAGCCUGGAGGUCAAAAAGAUCUUUUUCUUCAAAAACUGGAGAAAUAAAAGAAUAAAUUGCUUUUUAUGCACAAGACCCAAUUCCUGGCCGCGCAGCUCGCCCAGCCAGCCACACCAGAAGCCAGGCCCCGUCGCCGGGGGCGCUGCUGCUGCUUCCCCUCAGCUGCUGCUGCUGCAGCCCCUCCCGGGGCCCUCCCCCGGGCCUGUCUCUGCGCCAAAGGGCCCUUGGGGGCCCCUGGGGCCCCCGGGGGCCCUCGGGGGCCCCUCAGUUCCGCUUUCGGCGCUGCAGGGCCCCCCGCGACGCAGAGACAGCCCGGACCUCUGCUGCUGCUGCUGCAGCACGAGCUGCCCCUCACGCCCCCAGGGGCCCCCACGCUGUGGGGCCCAAAGGGGCCUCUUUUGCUGCUUUUUAAACUCUAAAAGAGGCCCGGCUUGCGAGGAUUUGCUCCCGGGGGGACGGGGGCUGCAGCAGCUCAGCCCUGCUUUGUGGGGAGCUGCGACUGCAGCAAACUUUGCUGCUGCUGCUGCUGCCUCAGACUGCUUUCCCAGUAGUUAA